AUGGUCCAUCUUCACAGCAUGGAGAAAUCCAACUCGACUCUCGCCGAAUCACUUCCUGCAAAAAUGGUUGCAGUUUUUGUGGGCGCAACGAGUGGUAUAGGCGAAUAUGCAAUGAAAGCUUUCGCGCAGCAGACUAUCCAACCCAAAAUUUAUUUCGUCGGGCGCUCGCAGACUGCUGCUGAUCGAAUCAUUGCCGAAGCAACCCAACUCAAUUCCUCUGGUGAAUACAUCUUUAUCAAAUCUAAUGUCGCGCUUCUCAAGAAUGUCGAAGAAGUAUGCAGGCAGAUCAAGGCCAAGGAACAGUCUGUUAAUUUGCUAUUUCAAACCCAGGGCACUAUGUCGACUGAACUCACCACCGAGGGUCUAUGUUAUACAUACGCACUGACAAUUACUUCUCGAAUUCUGUUUGCUUUGAACCUCCUGCCAGUUAUUCAACGGGCAACUCAUCUCAAGCGGGUAGUAUCUAUCUUUGCUGCAGGUUUCGAAGGAGAUUUUGAUAAUGACUUUGCAUCCGACUUCAUCGUUAAGAAACCAUUGAAAUCACGACCUCAUAUGGCUUCGAUGAUCACCAUGGCGAACAACGUAUUGUCUCGACUAGCAAAAGAUAUCAGCUUCGUCCACAACUACCCUGGAUUCGUCAAGACACCUUUUGGAAAAGAUGCGAAGGGCUUUUUAGCAGUAGCUCGUGUGCUAUUCAAUUUGUGGUCGGACAUGUUUGUCACAUAUACGACUUCAACUGAAAGUGCAGCGUUGAGUUUGUUUAUUGCAACUAGCGCCAGAUUCUCUCCAAAAACAGGUGGCUGUACGGGAGCACCACUCUUACAAGGCAUGACUGCUGCUAAUGGUGCAGACGGAGAUCUGGCUAGCGGAAGUUACAGCAUUGACGCACACGGCGACCAUGUUUCUCGUGAAAAGCUCGAGCAUCUCAUCACAGCGAGGGACAAUGGAUCAGAGGAAAGAAUGUGGUUACAUGUUAUUAAUGAAAUUGAGUCGAUCACCGGAAGACGUCACUCUUCUGACAUCUUAUAA